AUGUCGGAUGUCCUUGACGACGAAACAGUGUGGUUCCCCAAGGGGCAGACCACGAUCAACGAGGCCCCGACCAAGAGCCGGAGGCUGCGAGCAGCCACCGACGGGGAUGAUGACGACGAGGAGGACGUGGUCUUCGUCCUAGGCCAGUCGGACAUGGGGGCCCUGAACCGAUACCUCCACGGCGGCCGCGUGCUGCCGCUGGAUCGCACCAGCUAUUGCAACAAAACGGGCAUUGUGGAUACCAGCUUGCUCACCCCCAAGAUCUGGAACCAAGUGGAUGAGUUGAUCGAGGCCUACAUACAGGUCCAUGCCGACUGCACCGGUUUCCUGGGCGAUGAGAACACCGCGAUCAAGCGAUGGAAGGCGAAUCCGACGGCCUCUGCCACCAGAACCGAGACGGCGCUCCAGCGAUGGAAGGUGGGUCGGAAGGCGGGUCGAAAGGUCACAGCCGCCGCCGACGACGAUGACACGGACUUCGACAAGCUCUGCACCUGGGAUAAAAUGAACGGCCUGGCCCAGAAUAUCUACAGCUACUCGGAGGAUGCGGGCAGCACCGACGCGGACGAUUCGUACUACGUGGCCAUGCUGACCCUGUGCGGGGACUACAACGAUAGCAAUGAUCCCGCCGAGCAGGAGAGUAUCCGCCAGGACAUCCUCGAUCUCACCGACGACCUCCUCGGGGACGUGAACAAGAUUCUGUCCCACAUCGGCAAGGUGAAAGAGGCCUUGAAGCUCUUCGAGGCCAGCUGUCAGACCAAUCAGAGCACCUUGGAGGGUCUGGAAAAGUCUAUGACCACUAUCCUGGACCAGGAGCUGGGCAGCAUCCAGGACCUCGACAAAGAGAUCAAAAAGCACCAAGAUGAUAUUGCUAGCUACCAGGCCAUCAUUGAUCAUGAUCGGUAUGAGCAAGAGAUGACCGCCGCCUACGUCUGGAUCCCCAUCGCGGGCACCAUUGCCGGGCCCGUGGUCUUCGCUCAGAUGCAGGCCGAAAUUGAUAAGUACGAGGGCAAGAUCGAGGCAAUGAACAAGCUCAUCAAGGACGAAGAGGCCAGCAAACAACUACACAAGACGCUUCAGGCCAACGUCACCUCCAUGAAGAGUCAUGCCACUGAUCUCAGCAAUCUGAUCGGCCCCGCCAUGCACACCGUCGAGGCCCUGGAAGGCGGCUGGAACGUCAUGGGCUCUCAGGUCCAGUUCAUCCACGACAAGGCUGAAAAGUUCGAGGAAAAGAUUCCCCGGUUGUCCAUGACGAAGCGCCAGCUCAAGAGCAUCUCGAAUGAAUGGUACAAGCUGAACAAAUACGUCAUGUCCUAUAUCCAGAACGCCCAGCUGGUGGUCCCAGUCCAAGUCCUAAGCCUUGAGGAUUAUCUGCAACAGUUGAAGGAUGCUGCCAAUAAGUCCUCGUGA